AUGCUCAUGUCGUUCUUUCAGAUUUUUAUUUGUACGUGACUAUUAGCAUAUUUGGUAAUUGCAUAAUUAAAAUUGUCAGUAGGCUUUAAGUGCAGCCUGUUCUGCCCUUGCGGGUAAGCUCUUUUUGAUGACUUUUACUAAUUUAUUUCCAAAAUAAUCCUCACUGGGUCUUUUCUUUCAGACGUCGUUUGCGCUGUAGUAGGUAUGCAUUUGGCUGCUUAAAGUCGAACAUUCGUUGGUUUCUAAGAUAUUUGGCUGCUUUUCUAUGCCUCGUUGGUCAUCUAGGCACCUAAGCUGAGAAGCCAUAUGCCAUCGAUUAGCUGCUGACUUUAGUCUACUAUUUAAGGUGGCAGUUAGGGUUACGUUAGAGACAGUAUUGCAAAGGAUGCAUAGUUGGAUUAAGUUCAUCAGAGAUUUUUUCAAUAGACAACUGUGUUUAUCAUGACGCGAAACACGUUUACUAGCAAUGAUUCUUAAUAAAAUUACUAAAAAAAAGUGUGAAAUACUUAAACUGACUUAAUUUGUUAAUUGAGUCUCAUGCUGUAUUUCAAUCUAAAAUAUAUCUUAGCCAAGGAGGACAUCCUCUGUGGAAACUUUGACGGGACGUUUAAGAAAACUACGGAACCGCAGACAUUGACAUUGUAUACGGAUUUUGUCCCUUCUGUAAGUUUAGUCUUUAACAGCAUACUAGUCACGCUAAAGCUACAUGCAUGGUAAUACUAAAGUAAGUUAAUCAUUCAUAAAUAAAAGCAACUUCUAUCACGAACGAAGGCGAAAUUUCGAGUUUCAGGUCUAUGCAUAAGUAAAGAAGAAGAGUCGAGCACCGGAACACUGUGUUUAUUGUCCUGAGCUUUCAGACUCGUACAGGAGUCCAUCCACAGAGGUACUUCUGUGCCGGAGCUCGACUCUUCUUUUUCGCUUAUGCAACUUCUAUGCUCAAGCGGGAUGACACACGUAUUACAGUAGGUGCAUUAACUCAUGAAAUGUCAACUGAAAUUCUCAAAUGCGUUUUCGACUCGAAAAGAUUACUUAUGCAGGGUUUUAAAACUAAUCAUCAUGCAGCAUUAUUCUUUUUUAACCCAGUUAUUGCAGAAUGCUGACUUUGGAUAAACAUCUUUUCGGCCGCAUACAGGAACUACAUUCUGUAAAAAAUGACAGCUUAAAUGGUAUGAAUUCUUCCCAGUGUCUUCCGAUAUGCUUAAAAUAUCAAUUAUAUUUCACGGAAAACGUGCAUAAUAAUAAUAAUCAUUCUUUAAUACAUUCGGUAGAAAAUUACGUCUAUUUUAUACAGAAAGAAAAUUAUACUUCGAUUUUCUAACGUUUUUCCAAUUACUAAAUACUUUAGAACCCUCUCUGCUGUUACACUUGCGGCCAGGGUUUACAAACUACGAACAAUAUAUUUUCAACGUACAAAAAGCAAUACAUUUCGAUACGGUAUUUAGAGUAGAUCAUAUGGGAUUCACAAAAUUUGGCAGUGGAUUUGAGCUGUAUUGUAAACUUUACAAGCAACAUUAGUAAAUGCAGAGACAAAAUGUUUUUUGAAAAAAAACUCACGGUAUUAAAAAAAUCUCAUUAUCAGAAACUUUUUAAAACCGAAUUUUACUCUCCCUUUAAGUAUAAAAUUGAAAGAAAACGCAAUUAUCUAACGAAUGACUAACAGUAUGAAUCAAUAAUAGAAAUUGAUUCUCCUUAAGUGGUCAUUUUUUAAUCGAGAGUGGUUUCUGCAUGCGGCCACGAUGAGGCUUGUUCGAAAGCCAGCAUCUCACUGUAACUGAAUUAUUGUGUAAUUAUGCUGCUCGAUGAUAAAUUUCAAAACCCUACUUAAGUAAUCUUUUCGGGUUGGAACCGCAUUUCAGAAUUUCGGCUAACAUUUCACGAGUUAUCACACCUACCGUCUGAGGCAGGCAUGACUGACUGAAGGAAAUCGGCUCUAGCUAACGGAGAUAGCAUAAAGAUUUUAUAUUUUACAGGAACAUAGCCCGGACUAUCUAGAUCAGUAUUCUGUGUUGCGGUAGUGCUUCGUAAUAAUGCAAGGCGUGCGACAAAAUUAGAGGAAAAUAUUUAAAAUAAUAAUGCCACAGCUCCCUCCGUUCAUAUUUUUCAAAAACACCGUCAGAAUUCAAAACAGGAAGGAAAACCGUCUGCUUGUGUGGGAUUCUACAAUUGAUGGAAUUACGACAGCAGUUCUCAGUGCAUAUUGCUCAAUAUUUCGUGAACCGCCCACCUCGAAUGUACAUAUAACUGUCUAGUGAUUAGUACUACGUCUUCAUUUGAGAUGUUAUGCCUGAAUGUAACUUUCUAGUUUGAAGAACAUAACGAUUGGAAGUUUGAAUAUCCAUUUAAAAGAAAAUGACUGUGCGUCCGAAAAUCGAACUUAUGCAUGCCGACUAAUUCAGGGUAAGGGAGCCUACUUUAUUUUUCUGGAUUAUUUAUGUCAUGCAAAAUAUUGGAAAAUAUAAUAUCUCGGAAACCCUUGAAGUAAACAGACGUCUUGGUCAGUAUCUGACAAGAGUAUUUUCGAAUAUGGUAGAAAAUAGUUAUUUUUCCGCCCGUAGUGCAUGAAUCGGGUUUCUGGCGACUUGAAGUCGAUGAUAUUGUGACGGCCAAUGUGGAUAGUGUUGAAUUAACGGCUUCCUCAUCCCACGUCCCUCCAAUCUCCGUCCAGGCUCUUCCGCUUACUGACAGAAAGGAAGGUGAGCGACACAAAACGAAUGAGAAAUUCACUAUUUUAUUUUGGUGAUAGGGCUUAGUUCACGUUUUUCGUGAAGUAUCUCUGAAAUAUAGGUUGGGAUGACCUCUGUGAGUGAUGAAUAGCAUUUUACGCCGCGAAGUCUAGAACGUUAAUAAAUAUCCAGCCGGACAUUUUGAGGGAUCGAUGCAGACCACAGGCCGCGAACAAGGAUCCACCCUCGACUAUGAAAAACACUCAAGAAAAUAAGCAUCACGAACGUUUCCUUCAAUUGGACGUCUGGAAGUGAUAUCGUGACUGUUCAGAAUUGGUAAGGUAAGGAUAGGAUAUAUGGACGUAAUAGGUUUAAUAUCCAGAACUGCCUGCUAUAUUUAAUUAAGUAGGCAUUUUUCGGUGCAGUUUUUGGUCGGAAACCGGUCACGAUCCAGUUUACGCAAAUGACUUACGAAUAUCCCGAGGACCGACAUUGUAGUAUUUUCUAGUACAUUUCGAAUCAAACAAUACUUAGUCAUUAUCUAAAACUAGUAUUGCUAAUGAUUUCCCCUACCGCACAGGGCUUCUGGUUUCUGUCACUUUAGAUAACAUCUUCGCGCAGUCAUCGGCUCCAUUUGUACUAUGUCCAAAGCCGCAACAAAAAGAUGUUGUGGUUGACUUUGCCCUCCCAACUAGCAUUUUGGAUUGUUCUGUGAAGGUAAGAGUUUAUGCCUGACUCGCAUCUACACUGAUUGCAUCCAUUGGAUCAAGAUAAUGCGGCUGACUAUUCUGUCUAGUUUGUGAUACUCACUUAAGGGACCGUUAGAAAUAAUGAGCUUUGCAGAUAACGCUGAAGCCAUGACUUUGAAGAUGGCAAACUCCAGGAAAGCACGGAGAGAUUUCUUUGCUCAUCAACACAAGCUGUCCAAAAAGAUGCUUAUGAGACUGGAGCCGAAAAGAAAGCACCCAUGACAUUUAAAAUUGCAUUCAAUGCCGCAAUAUUCUCUCCACACCUCAAGGUGUCCGUGCAUAACCCGGAUGUUAGGCAUAACGUUUUCUGGGGUGGGGCUUGCAUAUUUUGCAUGUAGCCAUGGAAGGCAGGCCAACUACUUCCCAAAGACAUGCAUUCGGUUGUUUUAUCAUUUUGGAGGUGUUUUGGCAGACUUCUGACAGUUCGUUUUGACUCAGAUGCAAAAAAUAGGUGAGAGAGUUAGGAUUCCAACUCACGACUGCAAGGCGAAGACUUGAGUGCAGCCAGUGCUCUAACCACCUGAGCUACGAGACCCCGCCGGGGACCAUGGAUUUAAUCAUAUCUGGGCUAAGCUACCCGUCCGGUCUACUGCAAGCUCUGGAAUUUACCGAAUCUGAUGCAGAAGACUGACUGCCAAAGUAGGAUUUCCUAAGUAAUCAGCCCACAAUCGACCAGAUGACUACCAAACCACACAAUGAAUGGGUGCUUCGGCAGAUUUUGAAUAAUUUAUUACGAGGGCUUUGUAGGCAUUUGGUGGAUUCCAGAUGGACUACGCAGGAAAUCCUGCUUAGGCCGCCAGCUUACUGACUAUGCAGUAGGCCUAGAGGGUAACUUGACCCAAAUGCGGUUAUAAUCACGGCUUAUGGUGGGACUGCGUAGCUCAGGUGGUUAGAGCAUUGGCAGUGCCUCAUCCUUGCUGUCGUAGGUUCGAAUUCCAACUCGCUCGCCUAGUUUUUUUUGCAGCUGAGUCAAAAUAAAUCAUCAAAAAUCUGCCAAAGUACCUUUAAAAUGAUAAACCAUACAACCGAGUGCAUGUCCCUGUGGGGCAGUUGGUCUGCCUUCUAUGAGAACGUGUAAAAUAUGCGAGUCCUGUUUCAGACAAAGUUACGCCUAAUAUUCUGAUUGUGUACGGAUACCUGCUGGUACUGCUUCGUUUCGCUAAUGCCCGUUCAUGUAAGGCUAAAGUUUUUAGUUUUUUCACAAUAUCUUACAAAAAGGCAGAAAGGAUAUUUUACCAACUGCUUUCAGAUCAAGAGAGUUGAUAACACGCUCAGAGUGCUUGCUUUGAGAAUUUGUGCUUGAUAUGUUUUCGGAAAAUUUUUAAAUGUUUUUCCGUGAGUUCAAACAAGUUCGCAACGAAGGGAAGAACUAAAAAAACUGCUGGUUUUUUACCCCGUUACAAGUAAUGUCAUUUGAAAAGAAGGAUUGUCUUCUUCGACCACACAUAUUAUUGACGGUCUGUAGGGAUAAAUCAAGUCACCGCUCUCUGGACGUCUGAUGCGCAAAAUUCAAUAGACUUCUAGAAGACUUGCUGAGCUUUUUAAAAUUCACCUGGUUGGUUUCAUUAAGAUCCUGUUCUAACAAGUGUACUGAGGACAACACAGAACUUUCUGGACAAAUGGCAACUUAAUAUGACAUUUUAGGGAACAGGUAUUUUGAAAGAUCACCCUCAGUUUGAGACGCCCCGUGUUUUUAUUGCCCUUGCCGCUUCCCCGUGGACGGUCGAUUCUCAGCAUUCUAGCAUGCGAAAGCUUUUUAAUCUUAUUAGGUACCGUAAUCACAUCAAAGAUGCUGAUUAAAAGCCCCGACACGCGUGUUUCUCCUGUAUUCUGCCGCUGCAUUACAUAACUGCGAGUGAUUCGGCUCUUCAGUGGGUUCCCAGCAUUCCCUGUCUGUUUUUGAAUAGAUACUUUAAUUUAAAAGUCGUUGCCUUUUAAUUUCCUCAACAACUAAGUGCUAAAUUAAAGUAGAUCAGCUUACACAAAGGUCUAUAGGCACAGACCGAAACUGAAUUUACGAAUACUGGGGCCCAAGUCUAUCAGCCAGAGGGGAAUAUUCGCGUAAUAUUCACUACCUGCAAAAAGGCGGAUGAUAGUACAUUUUUUGCGUUAAAAGACACCAUGCUAGUAGCACAGGUACUAGCUAGAAGCCCAGACACUCGUGUUUCGCCGAUAAUCUGCCGUUGCACGCCACAGCUGUGAGGGAUUCUGUAUUAGGCCUCCGUCUGCGUCUCUAGACAUUAGUAUCAACUGAUGUACUCCUAGUCGGCAGUUAAUUUCUGGAGAAAUUAAAAGACAACAACUUCUAAACUCGAGUAUCUACCAGAAAGCACAUGGGAAUGCUAGGGUCUCAAUAAAGAGCCGAAACUUACGCAUUUCUGCCAUACAGCGGCGGAAUACAGGUAAAACAUGCGAUUUUAGGCUUUUAGCUUGUACCUGUGCUGCUAGCAUCGUUUCUUCUAACGCUAAAAAUAUGCUACCAGCUGCCGGUCGGCGGUUAAUUACAGUAGAUGUGCUAACUCAUGAAAUGUCAACCAAAAUUUAAAAAUGCGUUCUCGUUUCGAAAUAAUAAAUUAAGUAGUGUUGUGAAACUAAUCAUGAUGCAGCAUAAAUCUAUAAUGAUCCAGUUACCGCAGGGUGUCGGCUUUCGAAAGAACUUAUUUUCGGCUGCAUGCUAGAUCUAUACUUCGCAAAAAAUGACUACUUAACUAGCAUGCAAUUUUUUCAUUGACUUUCGAUGCCUUUGAAAAUUCAAUUAUAUUUCAUGAAAAACAAGCAUAAGAUAUUCAUUCUUUUACUUAUUCGGUAGAAAAUCACGUCUUUUUCCAAUUUCAUAUUCAAAAGAAGAGUAUAAUUCGGUUUUUAAAAAGUUUCUAAUUGUGAGAUUUUUUAAUACCGUUAAAUGGCCGUUUAUGAAACGUCCUGUAUCUGCAUUUACGAAUGUGGCUUGUAAAGUUAACAAUAUUGCAUACAUUUCUCUACGCUGUUAAGAGGAGACCAUAUGAGGUUCAUAAAAUUAAGCAGUGGAUUUAAGCAAUGUUGUUAACUUUACAAGCCACAUUCUUAAAUGCAAAUACAUGGCGUUUCAUAAACGGACAUUUAACGGUAUAAAAAAAUCUCACAAUUAGAAACUUUUUUAAAACUGAAUUAUACUCUUCCUUUGAGUAUAAAAUUGGGGAAGACGUGAUUUUCUACCGAAUAAGUAAAAGAAUGAAUAUUUCUAUGCAUGUUUUCCAUGAAAUAUGUUUGAAUUUUCAAAGGCUUCGAAAAUUAAUGAGAAAAUUGCAUAUUAAUUAAGUAGUCAUUUUUUGCAGAGUAUAGAUCUUACGUGCAGCCGAAAAUAAGUUUUUUCGAAAGCCGACACCAUGAGGUAACCGGAUCAUUAUAGAUUUAUGCUGCCUCAUGAUUACUUUCACAACAAUACUUAAUUUAUCUUUUCGAAAGGAGAACGCAUUUCGAAAUUCUGGUUGACAUUUCAUGAGUUAGCACAUCUCCUGUAGUAUCACGCAGUUAUUCCGCCAUGGCUGAGGAAAUAUGGCUCAAAUAUUCAAACACACAAUAUCAAUCUGUGCCUAUAGACCUCAGUAUAAACAGAUCUACUGCAAGAUUGCAGUUAAUUCCUGACGAAAGUAAAAAACAACGGUCUGAAAGCUUUCCCUGUAAUACGCUGCAGGUUGACAACUGCAGUCUAAUCUCUGAGUUUAACUUGUGUUUGUGUAUUGGUAAAGUUGAGAGAAUCGGCUUGAUGCUUUGAAGAAAAGGAUGUGCUCACCAGAACGGGUUUAUUUAGCUGAGGAUAUUUCAAAGAGCUUUGUCGGCUCUCCAUUGUCAAAGCGUUAAAUGCACUUAGUCACCCAGAAAUCCCAAAUGCUUAUGUAUUACACAGCCUGUCUUUGGUAGAGAUGGUGGAAGGCCAAAUAAUCCACACAGAGGCCUAUCCACUCCUGGUCUGAGGACAACCAGUCCAAGGCGAUCUGCCUGGCCAGUCUUUUGAAUUUUAAUUUGAUCUUGUAAAUUGCAGGCUUAAGUGAUUGAGAGCUGAUCACGAUCUCCACAAUGUCACCCAACUAUUCCAGCAGAAAAUUGCUCAAUCCUCAUACAGAACUUUGUCGACCCUUAAAGCUAAUGGCAGCACGCAUUCCAAAUAGCACAAGCGGAGUGUCAGCAGUCAUCUGAUAAAAGUUCUCUCGUCCUAUAAUAGAUGAUCACGCAGACGUAAGUGUCCUUGCAAACUGAUGUUUCGAAGCGAAAACGACGAAAUUUAAAAUGCCAACCAGAUAAAAAAAGGUUAAAUAUUUCCCAGAACGACGCGCCGACAAGAAUUGUAUAUCAAUUGUAUGUAUAGUUGGAUGCAGUCUAAAAAGACCCCAGGCAUAAAAGUCCGAGUAAACUGCAUGCCGACGUAUGACGAGCUGUUUGUGGCGUAAACAUGAGUAAAAUAAUAUGUUUACGGAUACUUUUAAGAUGUCAACUUUUUGUAUCCUCGUUGAGCAUUUGAGCAGUAGUUGCAAACAAGGUCGGCUUUGUUAAGAUGAUAAUUUGUAGAAAAUGCAAUCAUUGAAACGCGAAAUGUGUCAGUUUCAAUUUUUUAACAUCAUUUAGGUGUCCUUUUACAUGGAUGGGCGCGUCCAGUAUGAAAUUGGCCAAAACUCCGUAAGAACCAAUGGUAUGAGAUUUGAGUAUCUUGUAAACUGGAGGCGUAUUGGGUUUGUCUAGAUCCGCCUGACCGGUAUUGCGUUCACUUUUGUAGAAAACGCAGUGCACGAUGGUACUGGCGUGAUGCUAAGGGUCUCCUUUUACGUGACGAGGUUUCAGGCCCCAAACAAGCGCUACAGAACUGUGAGCGCAAUCGUUGCCCAGGGAACAGCAACAAGGAAGAUCCUAACAAAAAUUGUCGACUUUGGGUCAAGUAAGUCGCUCGAUUUUGCCAGAGCUCAUCGUUGAAAUUACAUGGGACUUUACACAUAACUCGAAGAGUAUCAGCCCACUUUCAAACUAGAAUAGAAACAGUUCCAAAGAUGAAAUGGUGAACAAGCAUGCCCUUGGAAAAUCUCCCAAUGUUAUUUGGCAGUUAAAACAAUAGUGUAUGCUGUUGAAAUUCGCCUGCCGUCAAGAGGACCUGAACAACCUAGGAAAGCCUUUAAAAAUGCAUGCACUAGGACUAAAACCCAUAGACGGAAUUCGCGAUACUUCGACUAACAAGGUUUACAUAAUUGCAGUCCUGUCGAGAGGGCAGACUGUAAACUGACUUCUGGCAACUAUUGCCGACUCUAAGGUUGGAUAAAAUGGGCGUGUUUAAUGCACAUUUACCUGUCGUAUGGAGAGUGAUCUGAUAAGUUUGAUCAGUGUAUUCUCAUUUGAACGACAAAACCAAAGCUUGUGAUGUGGGUAAAUAAUUUAAUAUUGGGGUGUUCGAGUUUGCUAGAAGCCGAUAGAAAGUGAAUGCAAGAUACUGAGUACUCGCAUGAACGUUUUAAAAAGGGAUGAAACAUUUUGCUUCGACGAGUCAUGUUUAGUUUAGCAGGCAUAUUGUCAAUGCAACCGGUUUAUUUUUCUGCUAAAGAUAUGUGCAAACUUAUCGAUUGCAGAUGCAAUUAAGCCAGACUUCGGGAAAUGUUUAACACAAGGCCAACAGCAAAAAAGGCACACUAAAUUGAAACAGACUGACCGAGAGAUCUUGACCAAUUCGGAAGAGAGUACGAAUUAGACCGGCACCGCCAAAGAUGACGCUCUUUCAUUUCAUUUUUAAGUACUGGCCGAAUGAGCUACGCUUACAUCUGCCUUCAUAUAGGGGACUACUUUUACGAUUAAACCUAGUGCAUGUGUAAGGAAUUUUGAAAAGGCAUUUUAUGCCUUCUAGCGAGUGUGGCAGCUAAUAAUUGUCCAACCAUUAUUAUGAUGCUUUUCAGCCUAAAUAUGUUGGCGCAUCGAUGUUGCACUAAAGACAUCACUCAUUGAUGCCUUCGUCAGGCAAAAUAAAACAGUAUUCGUUCUGACUACUUGUUCUGCACGGUUACUAGUGAAACUGUGUACAUUAAUGCUAACUUAAGUAACUACACUCGGAUAAAUCCUCGUGUUAUCGUACUUGCAAAGGAAAAGAUGACUUGAUUUAGGAUUUUUUACAAUCUCCGAUUUAACUAUUCCCCAGAAUGCAUGUUUUGACCGAUGAUAGGAAAUCGUACUUGGUAAGGCUGUUUCACAAUAAUCUGUGAUAUUUUGUACACAAACCGCAUAUAAAGGAUAGAACCUCGGCAGUGUCAUAAAUGCUUGCGUUUGAAAUCGUGUAUAUUGACGCACCGACUGAAUUUCAUCAACGCGUUCACAGUCCGCACGUCGGAAUCCAUGCGAUUUGUUUCCAAAAUGUACCUUCGACGUAUGUGCCGCGUGUAAUUACUGAUUACAAAAAUAAAUUAACUAACGAAACAUUGCCACCUUCGAAAAGUGAAUUAAGUUGCUGGAUUCAUGAACUAGGUGCAAGCUCACAACAAAUUUCGAGUUGUAAGAAGUCAUCCCAUGUGUGUAAAUAAUGAAAACCUAGAACAAAUAAGGACGCUGGGGCUAAUCAGGGUUUUUCUAUGAGGAAAAUUUCCCCCAAAACAGCACAACGUGGAAAAUUAGUAAAAUAGGUUUUUUAGCCGCACAAUUAAUGUCUGUAC